AUAGUAAUAACAUAUUCUUGUGCCUAAAAGCUUGUGCCUUUUGUUGCAUCUGGAUAGAGAGAACCAGAGAGGCAUGGCCGAUAUGAAGCAAAAUCUGGUACUUUUAGUGUCUCUGUUGAUUGUAUCAGCAUGUGUUCCAGUCUCUCUCUCUGCAAAGAAACCUGUUUUGAGUGCAAGAACAGAGGACAUCCCUUAUAUCAAGUGUCAAGUUUGUGAGAAGUUGGCAAAAGAGUUGUAUCAGCAAGUUCAAAAGAAACAAGCAGAGAUCUUACCCAAGAAGAUCACGGAGUAUCAAAUCAUUGAGAUAGCAGAGAAUGUAUGUAAUUUGAAGAAGCAAGAAGCUGAUUGGAUUAUGAAGAUUGAUAUUGUGGAGAAAGGGGAUAAGUUGGAGUUGGUAGAACAAGAUGUUGAAGGUCAAUGCAAUUCUGAAUGCAAGACAGUAGAGAAGGCUUGUGAGGAGGUUAUGGGGUAUGCUGAUACUGAUAUUGCUGAAUACAUUUUUAGUUCCAAACCAAAUAUUGAUUCGUUGGUUAAUUAUUUUUGCAAAGACCUCACUAAUGCAUGCGUGAAGAAGCCACCUCCAGUUCCCAAGGAUAGGACUCCUGGAGAACCAUUUGAACCCAAACCAUCUAAAGAUGCCGAAAUGGAGAAGAUUAUGAGAUCCAUGCAGGAUAUGCCAGGGGCACCUAAUAUGCAAAUGUAUUCUAGGGAAGAUUUGAUGAACAUGAAGAAUUUUGGCAAUGAAGACGCUGACGAUGAUGAAGACGAGGAUGAUGAGCCUCAGUUCCCCACAAAAUUGGCAAAAGCUUUGAGAAAUAAAGGUGGUGGAAAGGAUGACUGGAAGCAGAAAAUCACCAAAGGAAUAAAAAACAAGAGUCAGACAUUGAAGAGGCAUGCAAACAGGGUAUCCAACAGGAUACGGCAGUGGUGGAAAGGAAUGAGAGCAGCACACACAAGUAAGAAUACAAAGACCGGCAAAGCUGAGCUGUAAGACCCUGCAUAUGGUACCAUUGUAUUAAUCAUGAGGUUUCUUCACUUUUUGCUCCACAGUUUUGUGAUUUUUUAGGCUUAGAUCUCUAAGAAAUAGCAGAGUAGUUUGUAGGAACUGAAUGGAAAUCAAACUAUGUCAUUUAUAGCCACGGCUUUCUCUUCAAUGUUAGCUAAUUCUUUUCAUCA